AUGGCGAAAGGUGGUGGUUUCUAUGCGGUUGCUAACGGUAGGAACAUUGGCAUCUACACUACGUGGGAUCAAUGUCGCGCGCAGAUUGACGGUUACCCUAAACCAAGAUAUAAGAAAUUCCCCACUGAAAAAGAAGCCCAGGACUUCAUCAUCAACUAUCAGCUAGCGCUGAGAGCAGCAGUCGCCGCAGAUCCGUCAUCCUCAGAAAGUAGUCUAACACAGAGUGGUGCUUCACGGAAGCGAAAGGCUAAAGAACCACUUCCAGAUUUUACCGGAAUUCCCGAAAGACUGAAACAUUGCGAUGAGUCUAUCUGGAAAGACGCUCCCAUAGUUUACACUGAUGGCGCCUGUAGCAGAAAUGGAUAUCAGGGCGCAAAGGCUGGAUAUGGCGUGUUUUGGGGAUAUGACCAUCCCGAUAAUACUUGUGGUCCGGUGCAUGGUGCGCCCACUAACAACAGAGGGGAGCUUUUAGCGGUGGAUGUGGCACUGAAGCAGGCUAUCCGUAACAAUAUGUCUUGCGUAAUUGUUCGCACUGAUUCGCAACUACUCAUGAAAUCACUCGAUAUUUAUAUGGAAAAAUGGAAGCGGAAAAAGUGGAAGACCUCUUCUGGUGAAAGCGUGAAAAAUCAGGAUCUCAUUCGUUCUAUUGACGACAGCACUCAAAGAAUUCAUGUAAAGUUUGAAUAUGUAGCGGGUCACUCUGGUGUAGCCGGAAAUGAAGAAGCCGAUAAGCUGGCAAGACUUGGCGCACAAAUGUAUAGCACUCUGACUGACAAAGGCUUUUGAAGCGUAGAACUUGUCAAUUUUUCUCACCAGCUAUACAUAAUACAACAGUGAAUAAACCGUUGAUUCUGACUUGUG